CAGAAAACGGGCCACUAUGGACACUUCGCUGCCUGCCACAUGUCUCCCACCCGACUGUAACACGCGCUCCAUGUGCGCUCCGACAUGAACAGCGACAAUGUCCGCAAGUCAUCCGAGGCAGCCCUGGAUGCACCCAAUGCAUGCGCCUUGACUGCAGACGAGGCUGAGGGCCUCAGGACCGGCACCCGCACUCCCAGACCCUAUCACCACGACCAGCUUGAGGAAUGGCAAGGUCGCAAGUAUGCGCGCUACCAAUCAGGAGCCGGCGACGCGACCGAGCAGGAAGAGGACCACAGCACAGAGAGCGCAGAAUGGCAGCAACAGAGCGAACCAGCGUCGAUCAUGAGCAGCGAGAGCGGCACAGAAGCCGACGAUGAGCGGCCAUCAUUUGUUAGAGCAUUACCCCCGAGCACUUUACGACCCAGGAAAGGACUCAAGACCGGAGAGCAGGACGAAGAUGCACUUCUUACACCCAACCAGCUUGACGAGCGUGAACGGGAGCUCUCAGGCUAUUUUCAGAAACAACAGCUUGAUGGAAUCACGGCAGAAAAAGAGCGCGAAGAGCAUGAGAAAUUGCAAAAGAGGCGAUAUGCAGAAUUUGCGAGACGCACUUCAGAGGUGGCACUCAUGGCUGUCAUCCUAGUGUGUGUGCUUUGCGGACAAGGCGUUGCGACAAUUGCAUGGAAAUGGCGAUAUGAACUGCUAAGCCAAGUGGUUACCAUCAUCGCUCUGAUUCUGGUGUAUCCGGUCAAAUUGUCUAUCAUCGACACAGCAGCUGCGCCGACCAGUAUCUGGCAGAGAUUCCGAGUUCCGGCCUCAUUCGACCCAGCGACUGUACUCUAUCCGCCACUACUACCUAUCAUGGUCGCUCUGUCUGUGGCACCAGCCAACCCAGCAGUUGUGCUGCCUAAUAUCAUCCUCGGACUGGCUUCGUUACCACAGCGGCUGUUUCCACGAUCCAGUCGGCUGGGGCGUUUCAAUUCCAUGCACUGGCUAUUGGCUAUCAUACCUCUGGUGGUGUCAGAAAACAUCACGUUGUUCUCGAGGCAGAACCCGGCUCUGCCUUAUGCACUGAAGACGCCUGGUGGUCUGUCUCGUGAGGCACUCGUCACCCUGUAUCCGCUUCAUCAUGCGCUUCUGCAGCCACUACAAUAUCUGACUACGACAAGUCUAUUGGUCUCCGAGGUCCACCUACUGUCUACCGUUUUAAUCAAUCUGCUAUUACUCGCCUCAUCAGUACAGAUCGUUAUACUGAAAGCUUGCCUCUGGCUUGGAGGCGUUAUGCUUUUCGUGUCGUGUGGAGGGGUGUUGCACUGGAAUCUUACAUUGGCACGAAUCCCGCGCUGGAAACUGCGAAGAGAUGGCCACACAGCUCAGGAGCGCAAAUCGCUUGUCGAUGCUGUCACAGACCUCAUCAAUGUGCAGCGCGCUACGAAUGCCUUCCAUGGCCCCGGCAUCGUAGAGAGCGACGCUGACGACGACGAGCCGACCAGGUCUAUUAAGCGUAGGCUAUUGGACGCCAAGUCCAAGCUGAAUGGCUCCCACUCGGUCCUGCACUCAUUCAGCGCAGGCAUUCUUGGAUCGGACUCGGCAACAGAAGCCCAUCAGCACAACUCUUUAUUGAACAGCGAUGCGGAAUCCCGGCGCUAUGCCAGGCGCAACACCCUUCCCCCACGUCAGCCACCUGAAUCUCUGUCGCGAACAGUCAGCACGAAGCGUGGCAAGAGCAGAGCGAGACACAUUGCGUGGUAUCUGCAGCUCACACCUGAACAAGCAAACCGCCGAAAAUGGCUUUAUGCAGCUUUUGUUUACGCGACUAUCCUGGUUAUUGUCUUCAUACCAGUCAGCUCGUACAUUAGUAGAAAAGCCCUGUACAGGAACGAGCCGGUAGGCUGGGCGAUCAGCUACCUCUUUGGUCAAAUUCCCCUUGUUCAAAACACGAUCUUGGACCUCGGACUAGACACCUGGUGGAUCCCACUGCCUCCAGCCAACAGCACCGACUGGUCUUCUAUCCCUCUCAGCAUUCCUCUUCACAUCGACCUCAUUCGACUGGACCUAGGUCAAGCCAAUGUCCGCCUCCUCAUCAUCGUCUACUGGCUUGCCGUCCUCGCGGCUGGCCUGCUGACAGUGUUCACCUUGACUGCGUUCGUCGAGGUCGAUACACGACGGAAAGUCUUUCAUGGAGUGAUGGUAGCUAUGCUGGUACCUGCCACAUACGUCGACCCUUGCUUCUGCAGUCUCACGCUUGCACUGGUUUUGGCGGUCUUCCUGUUACUCGAAGUCAUCCGCGCAGGCCAAGUACCUCCUCUCGGCAACGCAAUUUCCCGCUUUGUGGCUCCUUACGUCGAUGGCAGAGAUCUCCGAGGACCUGUCGUUGUCUCGCACAUCUUCCUGUUGAUCGGCUGCGCUGUACCUCUGUGGUUCAGUCUUGCAAGUCUCGCUCGCGAUGGGCAAGCGCCAUGGGAAGGAUGGGAGCUCAAAGACAACCGACGAGAGACUGCCAUGAUUGCAGGCGUUGUCUGUGUCGGUAUGGGAGAUGCUGCAGCAUCUCUUAUCGGCCGAAGAUAUGGCCGACGAAAGUGGAUAUGGGUCGGUGGCAAGAGUUUGGAAGGCUCAGCCGCUAUGGCAUUCGCAGUCGCUGUUGGUCUCCUCAUAGCUCGCGCAUGGCAAGUCUUCGGAGGAUGGAACGGUAAUUCCUAUCCCGACAGAGUCGCUUUAAGCUGGACAUCUCCUUUUACAUGGACUUGGUUCUGGGAGUGGACAUUUGCCAUCUUCAAAGCCAUCUUCUGCGGCUGUGCGGCGAGUUUCAUGGAGGCUGUCCUGACCGGUGCCAACGACAAUGUUGUGGUGCCUGUUGCAUUGUGGCUACUGGUCAAAGGCGUUCGGCUUUAGUACAUUGUAGCACUCCGUGCUCGAAGGCAUGGCCGUUGCGGUCGACGGUACGAACGGGCUUUGGCGGUUUCGUUUAACAUGAGCGUUUUUGCAAUCGGUGAUGAGGGCCUUUGACUGGCUGUGGGGCUGUUGCUACCACUUUCGAAGACACACAGCUCUGGACUGGGUCUUGGUCGAAGACGUGGUGGCGGCACGGGAUAGAUAGCGAGGAGUCGGGAGUUUGCGAAUGCCAUACUUGUUUGAUGCUGUUCUUCUUCGAAACCAAUAUUUUUCUCGUGUAUCACACAAUGUG